GUUAUCAUCAAUGCCGUUUUCUGAGCAUCAAUUACCAAAAAAUUGAUCUGGAAAUGGGCGUCAUCGCAUCCACCCUUCGCGAUGGGUAUUUCGGCAUCCAAGCUCUAAUAGCCGAUCUGUCUACCUCAAACACAGAUUUCAAUGCUCUUCUCGAGCGCAUUUCCAAACCUUCACUCCCAUGCUCUAAUCCAACAGUCUCGUUCUGGCAGCAGAAUCCAAUAUUUCCAGAAUUGGUAAAUAUUCAAUCGGACACCUUUCCCGAAAACGCGGAUAUCGUUAUUAUCGGGUCGGGUGUUUCCGGUGCCAGUAUUGCAUAUACGGUUCUCACGGAGCUGCAGGCCAAGGGGAGCGGGAUGAUACCUAAGGGCUUCAAGUUGGUUAUUUUUGAAGCAAGAGAGCUGUGCAGUGGUGCUACUGGGCGAAAUGGGGGUCACAUUAAGCAUUCCCCUUACUACACCUACGCCGGAUAUAAGAAACGAUUUGGUAGAGAGAGGGCGAAAAAGUUACUGCAGUUUGAGCGAUUGGCAUUUCCUACGCAACUUGGUCUAGCGAAGGGAAAUGGAUUUGAAGAUGCAGAGGCACGCGAAGUUGAGACUCUGGAUAUUUUCGCCGAUGAAGACAUGUGGAAGAAAGCGAAGGAGAUGGUUAAACAAUUAUCAUCUGAUAACCCUGAAGCAGCUGAGGAUAUCCAAAUUUAUGAAGCGGAAGACGGGUGUCAAAAAUUUGGAAUCAACCCUGAUCAAUGCUAUGGAAUCUUGGCUUUCCGCGCUGGUGCAAUUUGGCCAUAUCGCCUCGUCACUUCUAUCUAUUCAUUGCUGUUGAAUGAAUUCCCGUCGGUUCUUCAAAUCGAAACUCGCACACCAGCGACAUCAGUUGAAACAAAUACAGAUUCAGAAAGACCCUUCUCAGUUGUCACACCACGAGGUAAAAUAACCGCUUCGCAUGUCAUUCACGCAACGAAUGCAUUUGCUACCAACCUAAUCCCGGGAAUGAAUGGGAAGCUCCUUCCUGUGCGAGGCCACAUGACAGCCCAGAAGCCAGGCACUUCUUUCCCCGACCUGAAUGGUUCGAGAUCGUGGGGUAUUGUUCAUAAGCGAGGAUUCGACUAUGUUACACAAAGACCUGGAUCUGUGAAGGAAUUAGGAGAUAGCCGCCUGGGUGGAGAGCUUAUGGUUGGCGGCGGAGUCAUCCAAUCGCCCAGCCAAGGAAUCGACGAAUUCGGAAUCUGGAACGAUGACAAGAUGAGUCUUCCUAUUACUGCCUACCUGACUGGCCUUAUACCAGCAGUCUUCAAUAGAUCGACCUGGGCCCCCAGAAAGUUGGAGGUAAAACAGGUAUGGUCUGGAACGAUGGGUUAUACCGCUGAUGAAUUACCGUUUGUGGGAAAGCUGGAUCCGGGGUUAACAAAACGCAAGGUUCGAAGGCCAGGGAGAAAGUCUAACCAGAAGCAUAUCAUUGAGGGCGACGAUGCUCAGCGUAUCCGUCUAUCCGACCCCGCAGAGUGGAUUUCGGCUGGGUUUAAUGGAGAGGGGAUGAUCUACGCUUGGCUUUCGAGCGUAGCUGUUGGCUUGAUGGUUUUGGGUGUCAAUGAAGAACACCGUCAAGGUCGGCCUGGGAUUCCUGAAGGGAAGGUUUCAGGUUGGUUGCCUGAAGAGUUGAUCUGCACGAAGAAACGGGUGGAUAGGUCUAGUAUUGUUCAGCUGGCUUUGCUGAUGUGAAAUUUCAAUGGGUGUGUCACUAUCUGAGUAGCUGUCUGAUAGUGAAGUGUAUGCCUGUACCUUCCAUCUUGUCUGUUUUCACUUCUUGUGACCAUGUACAGGCUAAGUGCCUAACUAUACUAUAGAAACAUUGAUCUAUAACUAUCAUUGAGACC